AUGCUGCACCUCGAAGCGUCACAGGUCAUCCAAUUGACAGCAUUACACAUUUCCAGCCCUGACCGGUCGCGCUCACUGCAGCUUGCACGGUCAUCAAAACGGCAGAGCAGAGGCGAAGUGCUCAGCAGACGUAGUCCUCGGCAGACCAAGUCCCCGGCAGACCAAGUCCCCAGCAGACCAAGUUCCGCAGCAGACCAAAGUCCCACAGGCCCAAGUCCCCAGCAGACCAAGUCCCCAGCAGACCAAAGUCCAAAGUCCGGCAACCAGUCCACGGCACACCAAGUCCCCGGCACACCAAGUCCCCAGCAGAAACCCAAAGUCCCCAGCAGACCAAGUCCCCAGCAGACCAAGUCCCCAGCAGACCAAGUCCCCAGCAGACCAAGUCCCCAGCAGACCAAGUCCCCAGCAGACCAAGUCCCAGCCCCCCGCAGACCAAAGUCCCCGCGACCAAGUCCCCGGCAGACCAAGUCCCCAGCAGACCAAGUCCCCAGCAGACCAAGUCCCAGCAGACCAAGUCCAGGCAGCCAAGUCCCCCAGCAGACCAGCUCCCAAGUCCCCAGCAGACCAGUCCCCCAGCAGACCAAGUCCCCAGCAGACUGA